AUGGAUUUCAUGUUCAUGUUCGAGUUAUCUUGUAUCUAAUUUCAAUUAACCGGAAUCAAAAGUUCCAAACGUGGCAAAUUUUUCAUCUCCACUUCAGACCAACUCGGUGAUAAUAUUUCAUGUUUGGCAAACUGAAAAAUUUUUGUGUUCGAGUUUCCUGUUUUACGUAAAGUAAUGUAAAAUCAGUACGAGAUACGAAUUAUUUUCUACGUACUCUACGAUACGAAUUAUCGGCGUUUAUUUUCCAAAGUAGAAGUGAAAAUCGUCCGUAAACCUAAUGGACCGGGUCUCGGAUACGGCUCGGUGCAUUUACUCGAAACUAUCCAUAUUGUCGACGAGUUGAUAAAACGAGUAAUGAAGCGGUCUCAUUAAAGUUCUACCUAUUGUUAUACGUUGCUUCGUUCACGUUGAGGUUGAAUUUUUAUUGUCGAAUCACAAGUGCUUGUGGCGUGUGUAUGAUCCUCGUCGUGAUCGUCGUCCCAUCAACGUGUGAUUGUAACAGAUAUCGAGACUGAAAUCAUAUGAUCGCGAUAUCGGAUAUCCGCAUCGCAGCUAGUUCAUAAUACGUCACGCCGCGCCGGAAUAUUUUCAGUCAUUCGAACUCGCAGGAGUUGGGAAGGCUGAAAAUUCAACAGUUGGUUCAUUUUGGAUUUCGUGAUUCGGAGUUGGAAUCGGAAACCAGAAAUCCUUUCCUGAUAAUCCAAUUAUUCAUUUUGAGAUUUCCUAUUCCAAUUUCCUACAUCAAGACGAUGUAAUGGCAUUUUAUUUUUGCACCCGUGGCAACCCUGCUGAUUUGACUCGUGACGUAAUGGGUGACCAGGCAUCGAACAGUUGUUCCUCUACGAUGGAAAUCGAUAACCCUGGCUUUCUGAAGAGAUCGAACAGUGCUCCGAUGAUACCGCAAUUAAACACAUCGAUACCACCCGGCGCGGUCCCUUACUCCGGAAGAACCGCAUCCGGCAGCAGCAGUCCGUUUUCCGGUAUGGAAUCACGUACGAGAAGAUUCAGCGCUAGUUUUAGUCCUCGGAGUGGUUUGAAUUCGCCCAAAAUACUAGCUCGAGUGGAACAAAUCAGACAAGAAGAAUGUACCGAUAUACUGGAUCGUGAAGUAGCCCAUGAAAAUAAACUGCAUUCGGCCAUGCGAAUAUCACAGUCGUGGGAAGAUCUUUCCAUCAUGGUAGAUUCUCCGAAUAAGGCUGACGAAGAUCGUAGAAGAGCGAAAAACAAAGAUGGCGGUGGUAUCUGGGAUCCUUUGAAUUUACACGUAUCGUCGUUCUCGUUUACUCCUUGUUCACCUUCGCCGACCAGAUCCGGAGGCUUCUCCCGACAGUGCUAUUCGCCUGGCUUAUUUAAAUUGAAUUUAUCUCCUAGUCCAACUAGAAAAACUUUCGCCACUAGGCGCAGUCUGAGUCCUAUUGCUCUACGACCCAGUUCCCUGGGCUCGAUAAAACGUAAAUUCGAUUUAUCCGAUAACGAACCACCGGCUAAAAAGACCGGAGGGUUGUUACUCGUUCAAUCAAGAUUGGAGUCGAGUACGAGCUCUUUACCAAGCUCAUCGGUCAGCUCAGUCGGUACACCGGAGUCGAUAUCGAGCGUCGAUUCACCCAGUAGUUUCUCGUUCACGGCUCCAGAUAGUCCGUCUUGUGAUCAACCAAUGCGUGAUGUGUCUAAAGUAGAUCAAAAUUUAGCCUGACUUCUUUUUCCUCUUCUUUUCUUUUCUUUUUUUUUUGUAAUUUUAUAGAUUACUUUUACGUACGAUUAUCGGCAUUUUUUCGAAUUUUGCUCUUGUUUUUUUUUUUUUAAUAAUCUUGUAAUUUAUAUUUUCUAGUCGAUGGAAAUAAGUAGCGGCGAUGAAUUAGAGAAAUUUUACGUAGAAAUUCUGUUUAAUAAUCAUACAUUAUUGUGGUGAAAAAAUGCUUCGAAAUGCUAACUCGUUUACUGUGUGUGUUUUUUUUAAAAAAAAGGUGAUCGUUAACGUUUACGCGUCCUCCCUUCGCCCCCCCCAUGUUUUUAUAUCAGUAAUUCCUCCCUCCCUCCCACGUGUUUUUUAAUUGUAAUUUUUAUCUACUCGUAUUUUAAAAAUAAGAUAAUGCGAAAAGUUUAUUGUAGUCAAGUUUAUUUAUUGCGUCUUCUUUUUUUCUUAGCGAGGUACGUGAAUUGUGUAUAUAAAUUUGAUCGAUCGAUUGAUCGCGUAUUUUUAAAUUGUAUUCAUUUUUGAGUUACCUGUUAUGUGUUUAGUAGUGGAUUUUAUACGUGUGAAAGAUGAUUGUGCUCUUGAGACGAUUUGUAAAAUGUGUAUUUUUAUUGAUAACGAAGUCGUUUGUAGAACUGUAAAUUUUAUUACUUUUUUUUCCCUCUCCUAUAUCGCAAUAAAACUAAAAUUGUUUCGCGUU